UCACUUAAACUCGACGCCAUUUAAAUCAACAUGUCUACCACAAUGUUGGCGUGUCGCGUUUUCGGCCAACAAAUAUCUAAUUUGCUUAAUUCGACGAUCUCAGUGUUCUCUCAAGUACCAAGAAGACACAGAUGGAAACUCGUCAAGUUACCAGAGAUUGGCAAAGGCAAAGCUUUUCGAAGGAUUGUCCAUUUCAAGGAUAAAUACACGGUUGAGCCUUUGCAGGUUACAAAUUUAGGAGGCAGGGAUCCUGUCACAGGUAGAGUAGCGGUAAAAGGAAUCGGGGGUGGCAUAAAGCACAAGUAUCAUUGGAUCAACUGGAUCAGGGAUGGACCUAAAGACCUUAAUGAACCACCAAAGGAAGAGAAAGUUCUAGAAAUCUUCAAGGACGGUUGUAGGACGUCUUUCGUCGCGUUGGUCGGUACCGGACGCGAACUUAAAUAUAUUUUAGCCACCCAGAACAUGAAACCGGGCGACAUAAUACGUACUCAUCAAGGAAUACCGCGUAAUCCUGUAAGGCCCUCGGAGGGAGAUGCCUAUCCUCUCGGUGCUUUACCCAUAGGAACCCAAGUUAAUUGCAUAGAGAAAUAUCCAGGACAGGGUGCAUUUCUGAUUCACGCUGCUGGGGGCGUUGCAACGAUAGUCAGGCGAGAGGAGGAUCGUGUAGUGAUACAAAUAGCGAAAAAAAAACUUUUUAGCUUGCACGAAACGUGUAUGGCUACGGUCGGCCGAUUAUCAAACAUUGAACAUGCUUCUACACCGAUUGGCAGCGCGCAAAAGAAUCGUGAAUUGGGAAAUCGACCGAGGAGUGGAUUAUUUCAACGUAAAACUGGUAGAUUCGGUCGUAAAAUAAAGCCGCCUCCUAAAGUAAAACGAAUCGAUGUCGAAUUAGAAAGAAAACCGGAAGUUAUUUCUUUAAAUAGCAGAUACAAUGCUUAAACUAUUACACAUUGACAAAUCACAGUUGCAGAUUAAAAUACACAAUAUAUUAAAAUUUAUUCAGAACUAAA